CCUAAACCCUAAACCCUAAACCCUAAACCCUAAACCCUAAACCCUAAACCCUAAACCCUAAACCCUACACCCUAGACCCUAAACCCUAAAUCCUAAACCCUAAAACCCUAAACCCUAUGGCUUUGCCUUUUGCCUAUGGCUUUGCCUUUUGGCCGUGGGUCUCUCCUGUGGCCAGAGACGAGGGCCUACGAUAAACAAAAAAAUAUCCGCUUACUAGCGCACGCUGAUACCUGUCUGCCUGUCAAUGUGUCAUGAUGGACACACACGAGUGAACCAAUGAUGGAACGCUUUAAUCUCGACAGCGACAUCAUCAAAACGGCUUUACAAGUCUUGCACAAGGGCGGGCGGGUGGUGUGUGUGCAUAACGUCUGCUUACUGUAUGGUUUGUAUGCAUUCGUUGCUUGGACGGAUCGAUGCUGCAUGUACCUUUGAUUGAAUGGCUCUGUUAUAUGCAUGAACCAUGAAACAAUGCAACACAAUACUCCUCGUCCUUACACAAAGUGUACGGCCUGAUGUCUAUCUCCCUACUCUCACUCACAUAAGUAGGCACUAAGCACUGAAAGGCGUACGUACGUGGGUGGACUUGCCACAACAUGUCUCACACCGGCCCUCAUUGCAUGUCGAUUGACGUUCAGACAUCUCAACUAAGGUCCCCCUUUCGACACCCCUCCUCUGUCAACAGCAGCAUUCUCAUCUUCCCCUGCCUGCCGCCCACAGAGCUGGCCUUUGAGCUGGCAUCAUGACUGGCCGCACAUAGCCGGACGGCAGCUGUGGGGGAGAAAAUAGCGGCGCUGGCAUCAUGUGCCCGCGGAUCAUACUAGGGCGCCCCGAUGGGAAUGGCCGCGUCAUGUGAUUGCUAUUUGGCUGCACGAUGGGAGGCCGCACGGAUACUCCCGCUGCUUGUGGGGGCAAGGCCGGCUGGGUGAUGGCGGCGUGAGGGGGCUGGUGGUGAGUGUCUUGAGCGAGGACGCUUUCUCUUGGCUGGUGACCACCACUGUCACCGUCAGCUAUUGUUCUUUCCGGACUAUCGGCAGGGCAGCUGUCGAGCAGCGCUCGGGAAGAGUCGUAUCUGAAGAAACCCCGUUUGGAAAGUACCGUGUCUUGGCUGCACGUGUGUCUCACAUUGCUCACCUCUUGCUGUGCUCCGUGAGAUACCGAUCCAGCUGAGAUACAAUGAAAGCUGCCCCAGACAGACAGACAGACAGACAGACACAGAUAGACAGAGACACAUCUAUGAGACAUACAUAUUUCUGUGCCUCCUCGUCUCUUUUGUCCGCAUACUUUGCUCGUACAGGACAUUAAAGAUACUCUCAAUCCUAUUCAGGCAACUUUCCACGGCCGCCUGUGCGUCGUCCCCUUCCGUGCCUGCAGCAGCAGCAGCAGCUGCUGCUGCUGCUGCAGGAGUCGCCCUGCCCAGCAGCUGGUCGAAUAUCUGCACGUCUGCCAUGAUGGCGGAGGCGAUCGACAGCAGCUCCGCCUCGCUGGUCGACAGCUCGGCGCAGAUCUGGCGUGCCGCCGUGAUGAGGGCGUGGUAGCUCCUCAGCAAAAGGUCCAGAGAGGAGGGCUGAAUGAGAGUUGUGGGCAGAUGCACAAGGAGCUGCUGCUGCUCCAUUGUCUGGACGUGCACGUUGACUCCGGCGGGUCUGCCGGACUCUUCGACGGCUUCUUUCUCUUCUGCUGUGGCGAGCAUUUUGUCAAAGAUCUUCUCGAGAAUGGAAGACAGCGGCAGAGGCUCCGUGGAUGCUACCUCAUGGCCGCUUCCAUCUUUCAGCUGAGCUGCAACCUGCUUGAUACGAUCUGCAGAUACACAAAGGGGGUGAGGUGAUGGAAGUUGUCAGGCCAUGUGUGUCCGCCCACCCACCUGCCAUGUUCUCGUCCUGUGUCUUGGUCCUGUCAUAGAGCCUGCCCAGCACUUCCCCCACCGCCUCCACCACAGUCUUGGCGCCCUGAUCAUCCUCACCACCCCGGCCCUCUCCCUCUGUCGUCGUUGGCCCGCCCGGCACGAAGGACUCCGUGUCGGUGACAGCUCGGAGCGGCCGUGAGGAUGACCGGCCAACGGCUGCCCGUGUCACCACUGUCCCUUGGGCCAACUCCUGCGAUAUGUGGAGUUGGCUUCUUCUUCUCUCCACCUCCUGCCGCUUCUUCUUCUGGUCCACAAGGGCCUUCUGUACCUGGUCCUGAGCAACCAUCGAGGUUGAGGCACCAUUCUCAUAUGUGUAUCCUUUCGAGCUCACCGUGAAUAUGUUCAUGAGCGCAAACGAAGUCCUCCUGCCCUGUUCGCCGCCGCCGGCGGCCGCUGCUUGGUCUGGUUGGUUUGUUUGGUCUGCAGUCUCGACGCCACCGAUCCUGACCGUCUUGGGUGUAGCCCCCUCCUUCUGUGCAAGGACUCCGUGCUCUGUCCACCUCCUGACUCCUGUAGGUACUGCAGCGGCUGGAAGGCCUGUUGGUGGUGCAGCGGAAGGGAGCCUGUCGGGGGGCUCGAUGGCAGGCACAUCUGCCCGGGAUUGGCGCAGCGGGCUGGGCACGACUUGCCAUGAGGCGACCGACUCCCUGGGCACCAUCUCCCAGGAGACCAACGAGUCAAGGGUGUCCCGCCUGUCGACUGCUGCGUCAUCCGGCUGUGUUUGUGGGAAAAAAGGAGUGGAGGGGGAAGAGAUGGGUGGCCGAGGGGGUGCGCUCUGGACGGUCGAUGACCGGAUGUUCCUUCGGGACGCAGCUGCGGGUGGGCUGAAUGUCUGCAUUUGUGGGCUCUUCGGCACAGGAAGCUCUUCCAUUGAAUGAACCACACUGUAAUGAAGCACAGAGACACAGGCCGGCAGGCGUGUGUUGCCCGUUGCGUUUGUGUGUGUGCGUUGCAAACACUGAUGCGGAUCUGGCGGCCUUCUUAAUGUUGCUCUCCAUCUGUGUGAGUUCCAUGUCGGCCUGGGCUGAACGCACCAUUUGCUCAAAGCGCUGGAUGCUCCAGCCCUCUGUGUCUCCUGCAGCAGUUUCGCCCUUGUGCCGCUUCCUGUCGUCUGCUCGUCCCCUGCCGGCAGUGGUGGGGGAGGUCUCGCUGGCGCGUGUAAUGGUUGAGCUGCGCUUUAGCUGCUCCCUCUGCUGAGUGGUCUUCUCUUUACGCCGCUCCUCGACGAAGAGCUUCAUGGCCUGCAUUUGGGGGAUGGCAGAGGCAGCAGGUAGGUGACAUUGUGGUGUGGUGCCUACCGCUUCUGCCUCCAGCCACACUUUUGCUUUGAUGUCAGCCACGCUGGCUUCCAAUUCGACGAGUGAGACUUGCAUCCACGGGUCGGACUCAAGGGGACCCUUCUCCCACACACCCUCCUCACAAUACUCCUGAAUGUGAGACGGGACAAAACAUGUAUGUGCUCCGGAAGAUGGCGUGCGUCUGGUGUAUGUAUGUUUGUGCAUACGUGGUAAGCGUUUCUCAUAAGGUCGAGCCUGGAGAGGAACUCGACGGUGUCCCACAUGCACACGGGCUCCACCAUUCCCUCUUCGCUGUGGCGCGACAGACGAACAACUAUCGCAGGCGCAUCAUCCUGACAUAACAUACAUUGAUCAUCCUGACAUUUGCUUGUCAGACGAGCACCGAGUAGUCAAAUGGGUCGCUGAGCACUCGGGCGGUCAUGCUGCGGAGAGAGAAACACGAUUCAGUCACUGUGUGCUUUGUCUCCUUCAUUCACCUGAGCCUGUCUUCGCUGCGCAUCUCCUGUGUGAUCUCGUUGGCCUCGUCCACUGUCAGCGGGGCCAGACGCAAUACAUAUACACUCCGGUGCUGCCCGUUUCCUACCACUUACCCAGUGCGAUGAUCUCCUUGAACCGCUCGAGGAAUGACUGCGCUUUCUUGAACCCAAUGCGAUCCUGCCAAGGCGCAAGGAGCAUACAAACGUGCAGCUUUCUCACUAGCUCAGCUCACCUGCAGCAAGUUAGCGUAUUCGACGGCUCUGCUGACUGCCGUCUCAUCCACCAAUAUCUCACUCAACACCUGACACACACACCAAAGACGUUUCCAUGAUGCCGGCCGUUCUUACCGACUCACCUUGGACAUAUCGACAGCGUCUUCGCCCUCCUCGCUGCCAUCGUCCCUCCUCGCUACUUGUGUCGGCGAUUCAGCAGCGGCCGCGAUGGCGGAUGGGAUGAUGACGCGGAACACAAAGGCGCGGCCGAUGACGAUGCGAUCGUGGUUGCGCAGCAAGUGACGCACGCCUUUGGGGACGACCCUGCCAUUCACCUGUGCCACACACACAAACCCAUUCAUACAUGUCCUGAUCUCUCUCCUCCACCCACCCACCCAUUCACCAUGACUUUGGCGUCUUCAGGUAUGAGUGUCAGUCGUGUGUUGGCGUCAUUGACGAUCCGGCAUGACAUGAGGUGCAGCCCCAAGCCACGCAACACGAUCGUGGCGUCCUCUGCUGUGCCGAUGGUGGUGCCCUGGGUGGUGUCGACGUCCUCACCCGGGGCUUCAGGUUUGAUGAAAUACAUGAGAGUGCCGCAUAACAUCGGGUCGUCGCUGAUGUUCUGUUUCACCACGCACACUCACAGUGGUCGGUGGCUCUCUCUCUCUGUUUCUCUCUGUGUAUGUGUGGCUGACAAGUAGGUAAGGCAUGUCUCCGAAAGGGCUAGUGAAGGCCACACCCACCCCUCCACCGCCAGACGGGCCAAGACCCAGCUCCUGCAGCAGAUGAAGCUGACGAGACGCCAAAUCAGCCGCCUCCUUCUCCUGACCACACACAAUACGCAAUGGAUCACAUCGUAUGUGCCUGCAAAGCCAACCCACCGCGUCUCCCGCUUGGAGUUUGUUGACGAGUGUCUCCCUGUUGCGCAGCUCAUUCCUCAUGUCGGCCAGCAUGGGCAGCUCACCGCCAAUGGCGGUGGUCUUCUUGGCGUCCUCCAGCUGCUGCCGAAGCUGAGCUAUCUCGCUCUUUAGGUCGGCCACGAGCUUGUCGCUCUCGGUCACGUUGAGUUUGGGCUUGUUGGUGAUCUUCUUGACACGAGUGGCAAAGCGUAAGGUUGAGAGGGUCUCUGAGACGUUGGAGAGGGCAGGGGAGAUGCAUGCGAUCAUGCAGGUGCGAGAAUUGCCGCCAAGUGAGUCGCUGAUGGGGAAAUUGGGGGAGAAUAACGUAUUGAGUGUGUCUCUUGUUUGUGGCGUGGGUGUACCUGAGUAUGUAUGUGAGCUUGCUGUUUCGGUAAGGGAUGUGGAUCGAUGUGGCACCCACAUUCACGACGGCUUUGCUCCGCUUCAAGGACGGUCGACUGAACACACACAGAGUGAUAAAUCAAGGCCAUCAUUGAUGCACCCUGUUUGUAUGUCUGGUACCCCGGCGCCAGCGAUGGUCGUUUCGGCGAUCCGGUGGUCUUGCUAUCCCUUUCCUGCUGCUCCUGCAUCUCCGCCAAUCGGCUUAUCACCAUACCCAGCGUCGUGAGUGACUAGAGUACACAGGUAUUUGACAGGUAUUUGACCUUGGUGUAUGGUUGGUUAGGAUGGUAUUUGACCUUGUUGAUGAAGGAGCCCUCCACCUGCCGCUCGCCACCCGUUUUGCUCUUCUCCGUCCGCUCGCUGCCCGCAAGAUCGAUGAUGUGCAGCCUCGCAAACUUGGCGACACCCUUCUUGCGGUCACGAGGAAUCUAUGUGAGUUACAGGGAGAAAGCAAUCAAUGGGUGUGUGGCUUUGUCAAAGCUGUGGGGCCUCACUUACCUGUUGAACGGUGAGAGUGAAAACGGUGUGGCUUCUGGAUGACAUGGCGUUCAGAUUGGUGGCAGACACCGUCCGCUUCUUCGAGCCAAAUUGGAGUAGACGGUCCACAUCCUGAGUGUAGCAUGAUGCAUCCGUCGGACAUCCCUGCACACGUGUCCUAUUCUUACAUCAUAUGUCUUGACGGCGGGUUCGGUGAGCUCGGGAAUGUACACACCGAACACGGGAUGGCUGUAGAUGUCCAGCACGGGCGGUGCGGCAGCCAAAGGGCCACUCGCAGGCUUGUCGGGGCUGAGCAAAUCGUGCAGACGCUCGUUGUAGAUCUCUGAGCACACGAGACACAAAUCGAUAGAUACAUAGGUAUACGUGUCUCGAUCGUUUGUGCAUUUUAUUGGUGUACGUAUAUGCAUGUAUACCUAGGUAGGAUGCCUGCACUUUGCACUCGUCCGUGCAGCUGGGGUCUCCCCUGCUGAACGCCUCGUUCUGUGCCUCCACGCGCUCAAAGAGAGUCUUGCACACGCGCGGCAAGAUACCCGGAUUGGAGGGGGGACCGAGGAUGGUGAAGCUCUUGCCUGCAUGUAUGCGUACAGAAGAAAUUGCCAAAAUCGCGUUGUGCGGUGUCAGGGAUGACCUGCGCUCGUCUGGCCAUAUGCAAAGAUGGUCCUGCACAGAUCCAUUGACUAUGCAGGGUUGCCGUGUCCAGGUGUGAAUGUGUGCUUACGCGUUGUAUCCACCCAAGGCAUUGUCGAUGAGCUCCGCGCCGAGGUUGUCAUACACAUCAUGCUGCUCAACACUGACGGGAAAGAUGGGAGACAACGAACAAGUAACAAGGCCCCAAUACCUCUCCCUCCCUCCCGCUCACGAUUCGUCCAACACGUGGUCGAAAGUGAACCGAUUCUCUCCGUCGCCGCCAAAUGAGACAGCCGCCCCACCCACAGCCAGGAGGGGCAGACCGCCGCCUUCAUCCACAGGGGCGCCCUCGUGCUGGACAACGAGCGUCGUCGAGUCGUCGCUGAUGGCGAUGCAGUUAAGGUCCUUGAGCUUUUUCUCACGCUGGUUGAGCGGCCGAACCCUCACGGCGACCUUGAUAGUGCUCGUAGACGGAGCCAUGGCGAA